CUCGCCGUGCCGUCAACGUCGUGGUAGGGGGUUGGCAUGUACGUACGUCGCGCGUGUGCUUGCCCGCGUUCUUCAUGAGUGCUGCGGACCUUGAGCAUUGAAGAUUGCUAUCGUUUCACGUAGACGUGAAAGAGAAAGCGUAAAACAACAAAGCGAACGUCCCCGGUGGUGCCAUUUCGAUAGAGUCGUCCGCCAUGGAUGCAUGGAUGUACGAUGUGGUUUGUAUGAUGCCCGGUGGCGGCACCGAAAAUAUGAUUGGAAAUAAUAGGACCAUGGCGAACAUCAAACAAGAAAUCGAGAAUCCUACCACCCCGACGCAGAAUUAUCAAGUUUGUUCACCGACCACUACGCUUCAACAUCAAGAGGUAAUUUGCAGUAAAAUAGAGGUACCAGCCGAUUAUGGUGGAGGUGAGGGUAGCCCUGGUAGUCCGGAAAUGCACCAUUGUUCGUCAACCACGCAGCCUUUAGGAACACCCGAGGAAGGCGUUAAAGAGGAAGACAUGAUACCUAGAAGACUUUGCCUAGUGUGCGGCGAUGUUGCGAGUGGUUUUCAUUAUGGAGUCGCGUCUUGCGAGGCGUGUAAAGCUUUCUUUAAAAGAACCAUACAAGGUAACAUUGAAUACACGUGUCCUGCGAACGGGGAAUGCGAAAUAAACAAACGUAGGAGAAAAGCGUGCCAAGCGUGCAGGUUUCAAAAGUGCCUUAGACAGGGCAUGUUGAAGGAAGGAGUCCGAUUGGAUCGUGUCCGAGGAGGGAGACAAAAAUAUAGAAGAUCCACCGAUCCCUACACGCCGGUGAAGACAGCUCCGUUGGAAGAUAAUAAAAUGCUGGAGGCUUUGGCUGCCUGUGAACCAGAUAUGCUGCAAGUAUCCAAUAUCUCUCACACUCUUGACACGGAUCAAAGAGUACUGGGACAAUUAUCUGACUUAUACGAUCGAGAACUGGUUGGAAUAAUUGGUUGGGCAAAGCAGAUUCCUGGAUUCAGUAGUUUAGCUCUAAACGAUCAAAUGCGACUUCUGCAAAGCACGUGGGCCGAGAUACUGACAUUUAGCCUCGCAUGGAGGAGCAUGCCAAAUAAUGGUAGAUUAAGGUUUGCCCAAGAUUUUACCCUUGACGAACGACUUGCACGCGAAUGCCAUUGUACAGAGCUAUACACGCACUGUAUCCAAAUCGUAGAAAGGCUUCAAAGAUUGGGUUUGACCAGAGAAGAAUAUUACGUUCUGAAAGCAUUGAUAUUAGCAAACAGUGAUGCAAGAUCAGAUGAACCACAAGCGCUGUAUCGUUUCCGAGAUUCUAUUCUAAAUUCCUUAUCGGACUGUAUGGCGGCAGUAAGACCGGGACAAGCGCUUCGUGCUACUCAAAACAUGUUCCUAGUGCUGCCCAGUCUCAGGCAGGUUGAUGGAAUUGUUAGAAGAUUUUGGUCUAGUGUUUAUCGAACGGGGAAGGUACCAAUGAACAAGCUCUUCGUAGAAAUGUUAGAAGCUGCAUAUUAUCGAUGAAGUAUCAACUCGAAUUCAAUUUAACGAUAUUCAUAUUGAGGAUGGCGGUAGUAUAAUUGUAACAUGUUAUGAGUGAGUAGGGUACGUUCUAUGCGUGCCCAGAGGCAUAAGCGAAGAACAGUGAGUGAUAGUGAAUCGCGGGGAGAUACGGAGAGCGUGCAGUUCUAUUAAUUUUCUCUAAAAGGAAGACUCAUAUGAAAGAAAAGGCUUUAUUUUUCAAGUGUGAAAAGUGUUGGAGCUUUGGCCAGUGAUCCCGGCGGUCGUUGAAAUUCGCGAAACACUCUAAGAUAUCAGGCAUAUUGUUUCGUCGAAAUAACCAAACUUUCCUUUUCGAGUACCCCUUUUACAGGUACAAAGAAAAAAAAAACAAAAAAAA